AUGGGUGAAGGCAGCAACGUGGGAGAGCAUUGGUGUGAGGCGGGGGAUGGAGAGGCAGACACCGAAUCAGAAGCGAGUGAGCCGCUUGAAACGCAUGGUGGUGCUGGCGAGACAGGCGCGCGAGCGUGGGCGGCACUGCGAGCGCGUGGGCAGCAGCGCGCGCGCAGGUGGCAGCGUGCGCAGCAGCGCGAGUGUGGGGGGAGGGGGAGAUGGGGGAGGGGUGGAUGGGGGAGGAGGAGAGGGGGGAUGGGGAGACGGGGACCUCAGGGUGAACGACGCAUGGGAGCAGCGAGCUGUGAGGUGGCGCAUCCCCUGCAUCCCCCUCUCCCUCCCCACCCCCCUCUCCCUCCGCAUCCCCCUCUCCCUCCCCACCCCCCUCUCCCUCCGCAUCCCCCUCUCCCUCCGCAUCCCCCUCUCCCUCCGCAUCCCCCUCUCCCUCCGCAUCCCCCUCUCCCUCCCCACCCCCCUCUCCCUCCGCAUCCCCCUCUCCCUCCGCAUCCCCCUCUCCCUCCCCAUCCCCCUCUCCCUCCCCAUCCCCCUCUCCCUCCGCAUCCCCCUCUCCCUCCCCACCCCCCUCUCCCUCCGCAUCCCCCUCUCCCUCCCCAUCCCCCUCUCCCUCCCCAUCCCCCUCUCCCUCCCCAUCCCCCCCGCAACGACGCAUGGGAGCAGGGAGCUAUGAGGCGGCGCAUGCUAGUGGGGUUGAAGGAGGUGGGGCAGGUGGGCAAGGCUCAAGGCUGGAGGAGAUUUCCUUGUGUUUCCUCAUGUCCGCCGCAUGCAGGGAGCAACGAGGCGGCGGGUGCUGGCGGGGCAGGCAGUGCGCAGUGUGUGGUGGUGGCAGCUGCUGUGGAGGAGGUGUAUGGGGCAGGUGGGGGGGGGAAGGUGCUGGUGGGGGGGGGGGAAGAUGCUGGUGGAUGGCGAUUGGUAUCUGCCUUCACUCACAUCAUUGACACCCAUCCUCACAACCCCCUCGCACCCGCCAGGAUGACCUUGCCAUGGGCUGCUGUCGGCAGGCUCUGGGACACAUGCGGUAAGCUGUGGGGGCGGUGUGUGCCUUUCAGGGAAUCACCAGGUAAGCUGUGGGGGCGGUGUGUGCCUUUCAGGGAAUCACCAGGGAAUCACCAGCGAAGCUGUGGGGGCGGUGUGUGCCUUUCAGGGAAUCACCAGGUAAGCUGUGGGGGCGGUGUGUGCCUUUCAGGGAAUCACCAGGACCAUUGGGCGUACAAGAAGGAUCCCCGACAUCUCUUUCACCAUGGGGGUUACACCAUGCUGCCCCCUGCUACUGCCUUUGCGCCCCGCCGCCCCUCGGGGGAGAAUGGCUGGUCGGGGGCGGUGGACAUGGACAUGGUCGGUCGGAGUGUUCAGUACAGUGCUGUUGGCAAUGCCAUGAAUAGGAGAGCCGUAAGUGAUGGUGGUUGGGCGAAUGGAGGAGCACAAGAGGGGGAGAAUAGCUGGUUGGGGGCGGUGGACAUGGACAUGGUCGGUCGGAGUGUUCAGUGCAGUGCUGUUGGCAAUUCCAUGAAUAGGAGAGCCGUAAGUGAUGGUGGUUGGGCGAAUGGAGGAGCACAAGAGGGGGAGAAUGGCUGGUUGGGGGCGGUGGACAUGGACAUGGUCGGUCGGAGUGUUCAGUGCAGUGCUGUUGGCAAUUCCAUGAAUAGGAGAGCGGUAAGUGAUGGUGGUUGGGCGAAUGGAGCACAAGAGGGGGAGAAUGCAUGCUUCGCACGGUGGAUUUGA